AUGCGUGAAAUCAUCACGAUUCAAGUGGGACAAGCAGGAAAUUCAAUUGGUCGCAAAUUUUGGGAAGUGGCAUGUGAUGAACAUGGUAUAGCACCAAACGGCUUAUUUCAUGGCGAGAGUGAUUUACAAUUGGAACGAAUAAAUGUCUAUUUUACUGAAGCAAUGGGUGGUCGAUAUGUACCUCGUGUUAUUGCUACCGAUUUAGAAGCAGGUUCAAUCGAUACAUUACGUCGUAGUCCAUUUGGUCAAAUUUAUAAUCCGGAAUUACUCGUUCAUGGUACAACAGGCGCAAGUAAUAAUUAUGCGAAAGGUUAUUUUACAGAAGGUGCUGAAUUGUUACCAUCAUUAAUGGAUGUUUUACGAAAAGUAGCAGAAGAAUGUGAUUUAAUUCAAGGAUUUCAAUUUUUACAUAGUGUUAGUGGUGGAUCAGGUGGUGGAUUAGGAUCAUCGUUAAUCGAUAAUGUAAGAACAGAAUAUUCCGAUAGAAUAAUUAAAUCAUAUUCAAUAUUUCCAUCAUUAUCAAUGUCACAAGUUGUUGUUGAACCAUAUAAUGCUGUUUUAACAAUGACACAUUUAAUUGAAAAUACAGAUGAAACAUUUUGUUUUGAUAAUUCUGCUCUAUUCGAUAUUUGUACUAAAACUCUUCGUCUUCAAUCAAAUACAAUGGAAGAUAUUAAUCAUAUUAUGGCUAUGGUUAUAUCCGGCAUUACAACAUGUUUUCGUUUUCCUGGUCAAUUAAAUAUGGAUUUGCGUAAAUUAGCUGUAAACAUGAUUCCUUUUCCCACUCUUCAUUUUCUUACAACAUCCUUUUCACCUUUGAAAGCAAGAAGUGUUCAACCUUAUGAAGCAUUCACAGAACAAUUAUUAGUUCAACAAAUGUUUGAUCCAAAAAAUCAGAUGUUAGCUGUAGAUCCACGCCAAGGUAAAUAUUUUACAGCCACUGGGAUAUUUCGAGGACGAACAUUGUCAUUGAAAUUGUUACAUGAUUUAAUGGCUCAAAUGAAACAAGGACAACAUUUCAUUGAAUGGAUACCUAAUAAUUGUAAAGUUGCUCAUUGUGAUAUAUCGCCACGUGGUUUAUCAAAAUCCGUAACAUGUAUUGGAAAUAAUACAGUUAUCGUUAAAGAAUUUGAACAUUUUUUAGGCGCAUUUUUGAAAUUGUUAAAUCGUCGAGCCUAUAUUCAUUGGUUUAUUGGCGAAGGUAUGGAAGAAAUGGAUUUUCAAGAAGCUGAACAAAGAAUUAAAGAUUUAAUGAAUGAUUAUCGACAAUAUGAAAAAGUUACCAUCGAUAAUAAAUCACAAAUGUCUGAAACAUCUGAAAGUGACUCAAGAUGA